AUGUUCAGCGGGCAGGCGAUGGGGUCGGGGGCCAUAAUCCGCGCAGACGGGCUCAUUCUCACCAACGCGCACGUCGUGGCCGAGAUGGUCGACCCCUCCGCCUCCUCCGCGCCCUACUGGAGCUCCCGCGCCACGGUGAGGGUCGCUGGGCGGGGGGCGCUGGGUGAGGGUCGCUGGGCGGGGGGCGCUGGGCGGGGGGCGCUGGGCGGGGGGCGCUGGGCGGGUGGCGCUGGCUGGGGGCUCUGGGUGGGGGGCGCUGGGUGGGGCGGGGCUUGCCCGUGCCCCUACUUGAGCCUGGUCCCUCGUCCCCAUUCACCUCUGCUUGUGGUGGCAUGUGAACUGCCGCACGUGCCAACUGCUGUCUGCCCUGCCCCUCUGCUCGCCCUCAUAAUAACAGCUGCAGCUUCUCUUAUGCUAACCCCAUCACUCUCUACCACCAACCACGCUAUCAUCACGGUACUGCUCCCCAUCAAAAUAGGAGCGCAGCACUCACCGAGCGUGUGGCUGUCCACCCCUGCUCUCUGCCGCCCCACCCUCUUUGCUGCAUCAGGUGUCGGCCCCCUCACCGCUGCCGGUGGUGAAGCUAGGGUCGUCCAAGGCGCUGCGCCCGGGGGACUGGGUGGUGGCGCUGGGAUCGCCGCUGCACCUCUCCAACACCGUCACUGCCGGCAUCGUCAGGGGAACAGCGGGGGGCCGCUGGUGAAUCUGGACGGGGAGGUGGUGGGCAUCAACAACAUGAAGGCGCUGGCAGCCGAUGGGGUCAGCUUCGCCAUUCCCAUCGACUCCGCCGUUCACAUCCUCGACCAGCUCUCCCGCCACGGAGGCGUUAAGGGGCAUGGGGGCACAGCAGCCGAUGGAGUGAGGUUUGCCAUCGCAAUCAACUCCGCCUGCACAUCCUCCACCAGCUCUUCCGCCAUGGAUGAGUGGGACCUAAUCAACAGAGGGAGGUUAGAGAUUGGCAUUGGAGGAGAACAGAGGGGGAAGGAGGCAUGGGUGCACAGUAACGAAGGAGGCAUGGGGGCACAGAAUUCAUCAGACAAGGUCAGCUUUUCCUCUUCUGCCUCUUGUCUUACGUCUCAACCCUUUUCCGCCAACCCCCUCGCCUCACCCCUCAUGUGCAGGAGAGUGGUGAGGCCAUUCAUGGGCAUCAAGAUGUUGGAGCUGAACGCGUCCAUUGCAGCACAGCUGAGGGACAGAGACCCCUCCUUCCCCCCGGUUGAUGCCGGCAUUCUCGUCCCCCAGGUCAUUCCUGGCUCGCCUGCAGCAAGGGGUGGGCUGCAGCCGGGGGAUGUGAUAGUGGAGUUUGCUGGGCAGCCAGUGACGUCCUCCCGCCAGGUGCUGGACUUGCUGGGAGACAAGGUGGGCGUGAAGGUGCCCCUCGUCGUCAAGAGAGCCAAUGGGAAGACAGUCGCACUCACUAUUGUCACAGAAGAGGCCACGCCUGACAUGUAA